GAAAAAGUCAGCAUAAUUGUGAGAGAUUAAGAGAAGGGUAGAAAAGUCAAAAUAAAGAAGAAUCUCACUUGACAAAUUAAAAUCUGUGCUGCUCAAAGACACAGCCUUGCAACCCAAAGCGUCUCUCUUCUUUUCUUCUUCAUCUUCAUCUUCAUCUUCAUCUUCUUUCUCUUUCAUUUUUUUCUUAAUCGAAAACCUUUCAAUUAUAAUUGAAUCUGUUCUUCUUCAGAAACCGUCAAAAAGAGGAUUAAAGUCUGUUUCUUUUUGCAGGCAAUCCCUCUUGGCGCGUCUGUUUCAGCAACUGGGUUUUGAAGUUUUCAACAAAACUUGAUUUGGGUUUUGGUAUUUUGGUUGGAUUGGCGAAAAAGCAUGUCUUGUGUUCGAUGAUAUUCCCCAGAGAGAGAAAAGGUGAAGACUUUUGAAUCUUUUUUUUGUAUUUGGGGGUUUUGGUGGGGGAAAUAGAGAAAUGGCAGGUGAAGAUUGGAUAGAGCUCAAGUUUAGACUCGCUGAUGGCACUGACAUAGGUCCCUCCAAGUACAAUCAAUCUAUGACUGUUUCUUCUCUCAAAGAGAAGAUCAUCUCUCAAUGGCCUAAAGACUUAGAAAACAUUCCAAAGACUGUAAAUGAUUUGAAGCUCAUCAAUGCGGGGAAGAUACUGGACAACAACAGGACACUUGCUGAAUCAAGGCUUCCCGUUGGUGAACUUCCAGGAAUGAUCAUCACUAUGCAUGUUGUUCUUCGCCCUCCUACUUUAGACAAAAAGAGUGAAAAACUGCAGAAUGAUCCUCCCAUGAAGAAUCGUUGCGCAUGCACCAUUUUGUAGCUGCAAGUAAAUUGGAUCAUAUAGAGAUUUUAUCCUUCAUGAUAAUAUAUAGCACUGGGUGAUUGAUGCUCAGCUGAGAAGUUCCCUUAUUGGCAUAGACAUGGAAAAAAAAAAACAAAGGAUCUUCAUUACAGAACUUGUUUACAUUUGUGUGGUUGAUAAUUUAUUUUUCAUCUUUUCUUCAUUGUUUAUCAAAAAUGGCUCAAGAAAAUGUACUACAAUUCUUGAAGGAUGAUUGCUUUUUUAUAUA